AUGAAAGUCGAGGAGCCCGAAGCGGCGGCAAUGGUCGUGGACGCGGGGCAAACAGUGUCUAGUGGGGACAAUAUCGUGAUGAAGGCAGCGCCUACGAUCAAGUAG